UUCUGCCAUUCAAGUAUAUCCUAGCCUUCCCAAUAACUUCAUUCUUCACACAUUUCCCGAGGAAAUCACUACACUCGGCCAACAUGGCUCGUCAAUUCUUCGUCGGUGGAAACUUCAAGAUGAAUGGUACGGUCUCGUCUAUCAAGGAGAUCGUCCAGAACUUGAACAAUGCCCAAUUGGACCCCAACACUGAAGUCGUCGUUGCACCCCCAGCCCUCUACCUCCAGCUUGUCCGCGAGAGCCUGAGGAAGGAAGUCGGUGUCGCCGCCCAGAACGUCUACGACAAGCCUAACGGCGCGUUCACGGGCGAGAUCAGCGUGUCGCAGCUCAAGGACAGCAACAUCCACUGGGCUAUCCUGGGCCACAGCGAGCGCCGCACCAUCCUGGCCGAGACCGACGAUAUCGUGGCAUCCAAGACCAAGUACGCAACCGAGAACGGCGUCAGCGUCAUCUGGUGCUGCGGCGAGUCGCUCGAGCAGCGCGAGGCCGGCAAGACCCUCGAGGUCAUCGCCGCCCAGCUCGCUGCCCUCAAGAAGCAGGUCGGUGACUGGAGCAAGAUCGUCAUUGCCUACGAGCCCAUUUGGGCCAUCGGCACCGGCAAGGUCGCCUCCACCGAGCAGGCCCAGGAGGUCCACGCCAGCAUCCGUGACUGGCUGAAGAAGGAGGUCAACGACAAGGUGGCCGACGAGACUCGCAUUUUGUACGGUGGCAGUGUCAGCGAGAAGAACUGCAAGGAACUCAGCAAGCAGAAGGACAUUGACGGAUUCCUGGUCGGUGGUGCUUCGCUGAAGCCUGCUUUCGUCGAUAUCAUCAACUCGAAGUUGUAAAAAGUGGGCCAAUUAUUCGUAAUGACACGGCUGUGAGUUAGAUCACUUGGACUCACUAGCUUGAUGACAAGGCAAAAAGGGGUUUGGUACGGGACGGGAAGGAUACGGAUUCAAGGGAUAGAUAGAACG